GCAGCUCGGAAAAGGUUAUCUUGUUUGACCUGACCCGACCCUUUCCGAUUUUCUGAGCGCCACCACGCAAACAUCAUCACACCACGUCCAUCUCCAAGUCUUCAUCGAGAACAUCCAUUGAUUAAUCAUGUGCAUCGCUAUUCUUUCCUCCGCGCAUCCCGACUAUCCGUUCAUUCUGCUGAAUAACAGAGAUGAAUAUCUCCAUCGACCAACGGCAGAAGCGAUAUGGUGGCCCUCACCAGACACCCAAGUCCUAGGCGGCUACGACCUCCACCGACCCGCCCACGGCACCUGGCUCGGCGUAACCCGACAAGGCCGACUAGCGGUCCUAACCAACUACCGCGAAGAAGACGAAUCCAUCGUAAUCGGGGCCCGAAGCCGCGGCCUCAUCCCUAACGCAUGGUUAAAAAGCCCGCCUGCGAAAAACGAGUCAACCGUCGACUUUGCCAAGCGAAUGAUUGAAGAAGACGGCGUCCAAGGCGUGGGCGGCUUCUCCCUCUGCUACGGCUUCAUGCAAGACGUAGUAAAAGGCCAAAAUAACGGCCUCGCCAUCGUCAGCAACCGCACGCCCGAUACCAAAGACAUCACGCACCUGCUCGCCGAACCAAACCAAACCCACGCCCUCAGCAACGCCGCCUACACCGACCGCACCUGGCCCAAAGUCCUCAACGGCGAAGCCUGGACCCGACACGCCAUUUCCGAAUCCGUGGCCUUGGAAGAGACCCAGGAGCAGCUGAUAUCCCGCCUCCUCGCUGUCUUGUCAACGGAUACCAUGCCGCGGCAGAAGGAAAACGAAGAGUGGGAUAUGUAUCUGAAUCAGCUGAGGCAUAGUAUUUUUAUUCCUGCGAUUGGCAGGGAUCAUCUGGAGGAGCAUAGGAUGCCAAAGCAUGAGGUGGGCGAUGUGGUGAAGAAUAAAGCAAUGGAUGCGACGAGUGGGUGCUAUGGCACCCAGAAGAAUGUGAUUGUAAUGUGUGAUCGGGAAGGCAAGGUGACGUAUUUUGAGAGGACAUUGUAUGAUGGGGAUGCUAAGCCGAUUGAGCUUGGCAAGGGGGAUAGAAAGUUUGAGUAUGAGAUUGAGGGGUGGUAGGGGAGUAAGAGACUGUCGUGCUGUCAUUUUCUGGGUGUUUGGUAAUGGAUUCACACAUUUUCUUCUCAGCGCGUAUCUUUUCCUGCAUUCACAGCCUCUCUUCUCA